AUGGCUUCCACGCCCAUGGACCUCGAUCACCCCGUCGGCUCAAAUGGCUCUGCGGCGCUCAAUAUCUCGCGCAAUCUGGCCGCCAGCGCGCCCGUGUCCAACCUCAGCGACGUCGUCUCCAGCUUUCGCCCAACAAAGCUGCUACGCCGAGAUGAUAUCAAGGACGGAAAGCCUCAGCCUCGAGUCUUGUCAAUGGACUACGACGACGACGGAGAGCUGCUCAUGACAUCGGCGAGCGACGAGACGAUUCAGAUCUACAACGUUCGAGAGGGCCGGCACGACAAGAGCUUGCUGAGCAAGAAGUACGGCGUCAAGCUGGCCAAGUUUACGCAUACUCGCUCUAGUAUAAUCUAUGCGAGUACGAAACAAAACCAUGCUAUCCGAUACCUUGCUACUCACGACAACUCCUUUAUUCGCUAUUUCGAAGGCCACGAUGCGGCAGUAACAGCGCUUGCCGUUCACCCCGGCACCGACAACUUUAUAUCAUGCUCACAGGACAACACUGUCCGCCUUUGGGAUACACAGACGAAGAAUUGGCAGGGUCAGCUUUUCCUUCGGUCGCCGUACCUUGCUGCAUACGAUCCGUCAGGCACAGUCUUUGCCGUCGCAUGUCCUAGCAGUGGCUCUGUCCUGCUGUAUGAUAUCCGAAAUUACGACAAGGCGCCUUUCACGACCAUUGACGUCGUUGAGCAGUGUCGCGGCGUCGACUCGCAGCAUCUUGUCAAGGGGUGGACCAAGCUCGAAUUCUCGAACGAUGGUAAGUCUAUCCUUGUAGGGACAAAGGGUCGCGGACACUUCCUCCUCGAUGCCUUCCAAGGCAACCUGAAGGCAUAUCUCCGACGGCCUGCGGGAGGGACCCAUCGACUGGCUGCAGGCGACAAUCUUCCUUCUAAUGGUGCUGGCCCGGCUUCCAAUGAUCCCAAUGCGUUUGAGAGCAGCGGGGAUUGCUGCUUUGCGCCAGAUGGACGAUAUGUGCUGAGUGGUGGCUCAAAGCAAGAUGUGCUGGUAUGGGAUACGCUGAAACAGCCGUCAGAGAGCAAAGUCCUCGACCCAACAUGGACGCUGCCAGACAAGAGAGAAGCUGCCGUGCUGGCAUUUAACCCGCGAUUCAAUUUUUUUGCAACGGCGGACCAAGACCUGGUGCUUUGGUUACCGGACCCUCAUGCAUAG